AUGCGAGUAGAAACAGCACUUGUCUCGACAGUCGUCGCCUUCGCUUCGUCCCGAACGGCACGAGCCGAUAUGACUUGUGGAACAUCGGCGUCACUAAAUACGCGCCUUGCAUGGAAAGCUCACAUAGCAUGCGCUGCAACACCCGUACGAAAGACGAGUGUCGGCCGAACGGCCUCUGUUGGAAUCCGCGAGGCAGGUCGCUUAGGCGCGGGAGCUGCAUCGAUCCGACGUGUAGAAGAAACGACGAAGUGUGGAGGCUUCAAGCGCAAUCCACUAUCAGGCCUUGGCCGUUCAAGCCCUUCAGAGCUCCCGUGGGAAGCAUCGGGACCUGUCGAGUUGGGAGGGGAUCCUCUGCCACCGACAAGGGUUGAAGCACCGAAGUAG